AGCAGAAAUUCCUACUUGUUUCCUAUAAGCCGACCGCUGCUCAGACAGAAGACUGUUUUUUGUUUGUGCUGGAGAUAAAAACUUGAAAACUGUGCAGACGGCAGCAUGUGGGUGCAAGGUGAAGACAAUGCAGUGGCAGAGUCUGACGGAGAGAGUGAUUUAUCCUCCGAAGACGAGGGAGUCAUUCAGUGUGAGAUCCUGGAAAUUCAGAGGGAUGAAGCCAAUCAGAGACUGUCUGAACUGGAGGAAGCCUCCAAUCAGCUCUUGAAAGAGAUAAAUGUGCUGGAGAUGCAGUUCCAGAUUGAACGCUCCUGCAGGGAGAGUGCUGAGGCGCUGGCUGUCAAAGUGACCAAAGAGAACAAAGUCCUGAAGAGGACGAGCCAGAUGCUGAUGCCGCUCAUCCCCGAGCUGCCUGAAAACUUGGCUGCCGCGACCUUUGACCCGGAGGCCGACCCCGCGGUUAACGGUGACGACGUGGUCGAUUUCGGUGAGGAGACGCUGCUGCUGGAGGAUCAAGCCAAGAUCGCAGAGCUGCAGGCGUCAGUGGACGGUCUGCUGGCUGAGAAGCUGCAGCUGGAGCAACAAGUGGAGGAUCUGACUAAAGAGCAGGUCCUACUCCGAGAGCAGCUCACUCUGGAGGUCGAGGAGAAAGAGGCCAUACUGAGGAAAAUGGGCAAACAGAGCAAAACCAUGAAUAAAAUCAAACGCGUGUCCCAGCUCGUCACCGAGGAGUUCACAGAAAUGUCUCAGAAGCUGGAGCUGGAGCAGGGCCUCCGGCAGCACGCUGAAGUCUUCGCCCACCAGAUGUUGGUGCAGAAGAAAGAGAGCGUGAUGCUGACGCGGAGCUCAGAGACCGGCCUGCAGCUGCAGCAGGCGCUGGAGCAGAUCUCCAGCAUCAGCACGGCCCUGUGGGAUAUACAACGCCGUUACCAGGACCAGGUAAAAGAGAGAGGUGUCGUCUCUGAGCUGCAGAACCUGAGAGAGCAGCUGGAGAAGAGCGAGGAGGAGAGGAAGGCCUUAGAGACUCAGCUUUCUGAAACUAACGGGACCGUGACACAGCUCCAGGAGGAAGUGAGGCAGUUACAAGAUACACUGAGCAAGAAGGAUGUGACUGAUGAGCCAGAGGAGAAAACAACUCCAGCUCCACCGCCUCCUCCACCUCCACCACCUCCUCCUCCUCCUCCUCCUCCUCCUCCUCCAACUGCUGUCAUCAAUCCACUUGAUUUAUUGAGAAGCAGGAGAAAAGAAAGAGCCGGCAAAGCUGAUCAAAACAAAGAAGCAGCACCCUUGUUGGACAUGAAGACGAAAGCGGUGGAUGAAAUGAUGGCGAGAAUAAAGAAAGGCAUCCGCCUGAGGCCCAUCACGAGAAUACAGGAGGAUGACAGCUCAUGGAAGGACCAGAGGAGUGAAAACAGAAAAUCAGCCGUCCUGGAGUUGAAAGGAAUGCUGGACAACAUGAAAGUUCAGCACCACCGCAGGGUGCCAUCCAGACGGGGAAUGGGCCGAAACAUCGGGGCACCAGAGCUCUUGCAGGUGCUCCAGAGGAGGAGGAGAGCGAUGGGGGAGCACCAGGAUCAGACACAGGACCCUCAGGCAGGUGCUCAGUGUGUCCCAGCAGCAGGAGACAGGCCCUGGGCCGGCGAGAGCGGCAGUGCCCCGGUGCUCCGGAGGCUGAGACAGAACAGAGAGAAGAGAGACUCUCGCAUCAGAGCAUCAGCACUGAUCGUCAGCCAAGAAAAGUGAGAGCAGCUACAGGAAGUCUUAUUGUCAUGGUUGUUUGUUGAGUAAACUGCACCUGCAAUACUUUUUUUUUUUUAAUUUGUCAGUGAUUUUCCUGAAUAUCUCUUUUGCCAAUUAUAUCUUUUUUUGAAUAUGUAUUGAAUUAAUACAUGAAUGCAUUUCUUUUGUGAUCAUUUAUAAUAAAAUGUCAGUUGAUCUUAAAAGUAAA